AGGAUUAUGUGCUAGAUAAAGUUGCAUUUACACAGGCACAUCGAUAUGUUCUAUUUAACAGUGGUGCACUCAUCCCAUUUCUUGAGUAAGAAAACUAUAACACUUAUUUUAUACAUGAUGAAAAAUAAGUUACUAUCACGUGUUUUACUGAAACCAAUUCAUAUGCAGAGAACACAUGAAUGUUGUUAAGCAAAAGAAUCCUCGCGCACGACCAAGGGAUAUAGAACGCAUUCACAAUGAAACAUUUCAUAAAUGGUUUAACGAUCAUGUUGAACAGCUGCGCCAGGUAGAGAAUGAGCAGGUCUCAGAAGACCUUAGAUGGCUAGCUCGGGGUCCUUGUGCAACAAGAAGAUACAAGGGUUUUAUCAUAAACGGCUUCAGGUUUCACACUAAAGACCGAGAAAAGAAAAGAAAAACUCAACAUAGUGGAGUUGUGGUGACCGCAAAGACAUCAAGCUUUGCGACUGUCAACGACAGAAAUCCUGUUGCAGGAGAUGUAACUUACUAUGGUGUCUUGACAAACAUAAUUGAAUUGGAAUAUUGUGGUGAUCGGAAAGUUGUAUUAUUUAGGUGUGAUUGGGUUGAUGUUCUAUCUCAGGGCAGGGGUGUCAGGAAGGAUGGGUUGGGGUUCACGCUCGUGAAUUUGAAACAGUUAUGCCAUUUUGGUCGACAGUUGUCUGAUGAACCGUUUGUGUUUGCAUCUCAAGCUGAGCAGGUGUUCUAUGUACAAGACCCUGUCGAGAAGGAUUGACAUGUUGUGAUGAGGGCGAAACCUAGGGACUU